AUGCAGUGGUGGAUGAAGAAAGAUUCUAGGAUGACGUCGCUUAUGUCAUACAGGCCUACCUCUAAGUUAGCUAUCAUACACCAACAUACUAAACCAACUCCUACUCAGUUGAAGGUCAGCGCAUCUCUAGGUAAUCUACAACCAUAUACGAACCCUGAUGCCUCUCAGUAUUCGCUCAGUCCACUUCCUACAGCUACAUCUACAUCUACGUCUACGGAAUACAUUUACAACAAUAUGAACACUACUAUCACUGGCAGUAUGCAGCAGCAGCAAGUAGAGUUCCAGGUUCCAGCUGAACAAACCGCCCAGCAUGGAAUGGAGUCCACCUUUCCUUCGGAACUGGCCAUGUGCCACGAAACACUGAGUGUCAAGGAGGCCGACGAGAGAGCCGAUGGCCGCGUGGAGCAGAGCGGAGAAUCCCAUCCUGGUGAUGACAUGGCCGCUCCCGUUUCUGCUCUGGAAGCGGCUAUCCAUGUCCCGACCGGAGAUACGGACUGGGGGGACGCUAUCAGUGGACUGCUUGGAUCUUGGGCCACGGGCGCCGGCAAAUCGUCCCUCAUCAAUGCGAUCAUUGAUGAGAAGGGGAUGCUGGUAACGAACUGUAUGCGUGCAGCCACCGAGGUUGCUUAUAAUGACGGCCCUCGGCGAUACAAAGCGGAGGUUCACUUUAUCCAGCUUGAGGAGUGGAACCGAGAGCUAGAGAUCAUGUGCCAUGAGAUGCUGGACGAGAAUCCGGAUAUAAACGCCAUCAAGACUACCAGGGAGAAAAUCAAGGCUGUGUAUGCCGAACUCGAUAACGGGAAUAUCGCAGAUACCACGAUGGGAAGGCUGCUUGGCCAUCCGCGCAUCGCGAAGCUGCUGGGAUCUUCGUUCUUGAUCGAGGAAGACGACCCUCGGAUGCUUGCAGACAAGCUCAAGCCCUACAUCGACAGCAAGAGCGGAACAGCCCGAAAGGACGCAGCCCAGGCGCUAUCAACCGGUGCGGUCCUGGUGGAUCUUCCUGGCCUGUAUGACUCAAACGCUGCUCGUGUCGCUGUCGCAGACGACUAUCUGAAGCGCUGUGCGGCCCACUGGAUCGUGGCGCCCAUAAACAGAGCUGUGGAUGAUAAGAUCGCCCAGUCGUUGGUCAACAAGCAUCUCAAGUCGCAGAUGAUCUUCGAUUGCAUAUGCGAUAGUUUAACCUUCAUCUGUACGAAGACCGAUGACAUUUCUGUCACUGAAGUCCAAAUGUCUCUGGCGCUCCAAAGCCCGUCAUUUGAAUCUAGAGGAGAGAGAGAAGGCUUCCGCUGA